CAAUAGGAAAAAUGAUCAUCCCUGACAUCACUUGUUGCUAUCCUAGGAUUUUUAUUUUCCUCUUCCUGUGUGAAUAUACCUCUUCCGGGUCAUCAUUGUGCUUCCCAUUCCAAGAUGGACGAUGAGAUGGCAUGUAUGAUGGCAGCAGUCACUGCCACCUCGUAUAUGCUACACCAGGGACAGAGGAGAAGGAAGAGGGCACGGAGAUAUUGGAUCCACUCUGUUAUUGCCGGUCGGGAAGAAACAGGUCAAUUUUGGGUUCUUUAUAAAGAUCUCCGAGAGCACGAGGAGAAAUUCCUGGACUACACCAGGAUGUCUAUGAAAAGGUUUGUAAAAAUGAUCUGUAUUCAUUGUUUUUGACAUUGUACCUUUCCAUGUCCACUAAAAACCUCAUUUAUUUUUAUUAACAGCUUUGAUGAGUUGCUAGAACUGCUCAGCGGUAGAUUACAGAGGAUGGACACCUUUUUCCGCAAUUCCAUACCCCCUGUGGAGCGACUUAUCAUCACACUGAGAUAUUUAUCAACUGGACAGUCUCUAGGAAGUCUACAUUAUGCCUUCCGUAUAGGCAAGUCUACAGCGAGUUAUAUCAUACGUGACACCUGCUCUGCUAUAUGGGAGGUUCUCCAGGAAGUAGUGUUCAAGAAACCUACUGCACAGGAAUGGGCACAGAUUGCAGAGGUAUUCUGGCAACGCUGCAACUUUCCCAAUUGUGUCGGAGCAAUAGAUGGGAAGCACAUUAGGAUUGUGAAGCCCAUGAGAAGUGGAAGUGAAUUCUUCAAUUACAAAAAAUAUUUCUCAUUUGUAUUGAUGGCUGUAGCAGAUGCAAACUACUGUUUUACAUACAUAGACAUUGGGUCAUAUGGGAGCAACGCGGACUCAACCAUCUUUGGAAACUCUAACUUUGGUCAAAUGCUGCGAUCAGAUGAUCUUGACCUACCACAAUGCAGUCCUCUCCCAGGCACAAAUGGCCCUCCACUACCAAGUGUUUUUGUGGGUGAUGAGGCCUUUUCUUUGGGGACAAAUCUCCUAUGGCCUUAUUCGGGGCAUAGUUUGACAGAGGAGAGAAGGGUAUUCAAAUACCGCCUAACCCGGGCACGGCGAGUAGUUGAAUGCACUUUUGGAAUACUUGCCAAUAAGUGGCGGCUUCUGCACACUCCCAUAGUGUUAAACAUGCAGAAUGCUGUCAAAGCUGCGUGCGCCUUGCACAAUUUUGUGAGGCAGCGCGAUGGCUUCGAUUUCGAAGAGCCGGUUACUGAGACUCUGGAAAGAGCUCAGUGGACUGGUGUCCGUGGGAACAGGCAGGGCUCCCAUGUACGGGAUCAGUAUGCCGCAUAUUUUAUGUCUCCUGAAGGACAGGUACCAUGGCAGCUGGAUUCCAUUUAA